CUGCUGUGCUCAACGACAGAUGGCCUGAACUUCGCGACCCUUGAACGGGUGGUCUCCGUAUGAGAUAUGUGCUGGGGUGUGUGCAAUCUGGCCAGUCUUUAACCAUUCUGUCUCUUUCGUAUUCAUAUCCCCCAUUCCCACCUCCUUCCCUUUUUACGAACCCCCCUAACGACUUGAUACCCACCCGCCGAUAAGUCAAUUCAGUUUCCUUGCUGGGUUUAUUCCGCCACGAACCACAACUUCGACCAUACCUACACCACAGAAGGAUAGCUGUCCUCGUUCUCGAGCUUCACCACCACCACCACAGCAAAUAACACACCACAUCUCCUACAAUGGCCCAAACACCCACCCAAAGGCGAGCCAACCAAAAGUUCGCCAAGGAGAACGAGGCGCGCAUGGGCAAGAACAUCGAGCAGAUCAAGAAGAAGGUCCCCAAGGAGCAGCUCAAGUCGCCAAUCAGCCCCGUGUGGUUGGGCGUCCUAGGCUUCAUCAUCUUUGGCGGUCUCGUCUUUGAGGCGCUGAGCCGUAUCUUUGGCCGGUAAAUAGCCCACCAACUACUACCAGAAAACGUCAAUUUGUACACCGAACCGGGAAAUUUGAGAGGAGCGGUGGAGAGGAAAUAUACACCCCCCCCCGAGCUUUUGAAAGCCAUGCUGCCAGAGGGGGCAUACACACCAAAAACACCGGGUCGCGGAGGUGGGAUGGGACACCCAUCAAGGAAGGGUAGCGGGCGCUGGCUGGGGGUUGCCAAACCAUUUUGUUUGCGCAUCUUGUUGUACCAUGUCUUUAUUUUUUGUGUGUUUAUUUUGUUUUGUCAUAUUGGCCAAGAAGAAAAAAGCCAUUGAUUUGCCUUUUGGAGUUCUUGUUCUUCUCUGUAUACAUAUAUCAUAUACCGUGCUGGUGUUCCGGCGCCGAAAUGGACCCAAGUUUGCAGCAUUGUAUCUACAGCUAAUCCCCGGACUUUUCAUUCCCUGCGGUCAUCAUUCUCCCUCCUCUCUCUGUGCUCCCUCCGACUCCCAUAAUCUCUCCGGCUCUCAUAAUCCCUAACCUUGUGUUCCCUCCUCCCCUCAAACUCCCUCCUGCCCGCAUACACCCUACUCUCCCUCAACGCCUUCCGGUAAUCAUGCUCCUUAUCCUCCACCAC